UUUUGAAUGAGUGUUGUCUGCAUGGAGUGAGUCCACCGGUGCUGUCAUACUGUAUCACACCUACCGUUCCCUCACCUGUCAGUCCUGUAGUGCCCACACAUCGGACACAAUGUUCUCGACGUCCACUCAACUGAAGCACUGGAUGUAUGGAUCGGAGGAAGAGUUGAAUCAAUUGCGAACGGAAGCCAAUCAGCGGUUCAUCCGCCACAGAGUCACCGAUGAUCUGGAUGACGUCUACGACAAGUAUUUGAGUCCCGCCGAAGAGGCCGUUCACACCAAACAUUACGAAUCAAUUUUGCGCGACUUUUGUCGCAAAUUCUCGCCACCGAUGCCUAAGUCUGUUGUCGGAACGGCGUUUCAGUACUUCAAGCGCUUCUAUCUGAACAACUCAGUGAUGGACUUCCAUCCGAAGCACAUAAUCGUCACGUGUGUCUACUUGGCCGCCAAAGUGGAGGAAUUCAAUGUAUCGAUGCAACAGUUCGUGGCGAAUGUCAAGGGAGACAGAGCUAAGGCCACAGACGUGAUCCUCAACAACGAGUUGCUUCUUAUGCAACAAUUGAGAUAUCAUUUGAAUACCCGUUACCCUCAAUGUGGAGAUCCAGAGAAGUUGAGACAAAAUAUCGAUAGUUUUAUUGAUUUGUCGCUUUCGACAGACGCCUGCUUUCUGUUCAGUCCUUCCCAGAUUGCAUUAUCAGCUGUGGUUUACGCGGCCUCUAAACUAGAAAUCAAUUUGGAUCCAAGUAACGAAAUAAAACAGUUGCAGAAAGUUAUGAGAAGUAAUGACGAGAAUAAUGAGUUGUGGUCAAUGAUAACGUCGGUGUCGACACCACAGAGAGAACAGGUCAGAGCCAUUGAGCAGAAGCUGGAGUUGUGUCGAAAUCAGAGCAAUAAUCCCGACUCUAAAGAGUAUCAGCGAUCGCUGGAUGAAGAGAUGGGCGAAGAGACAGUUCCGUUUGAACAGUACGCCCGCAUAUGUCAGGAACAGGAGAGAAGUGACCAAAAACUCAUCGAAACCACUGGAAUUGACAAUUCCUCGCCAAAAAACAUCAAUUGGGCUCAAUAUGGCUUAGACACCAAUUCCUCUCAUGAACAGAGGACAGGACUAGAAUCAGGUGCCGACACAUCCCAUCUGAUGCAGGGGUUGGCACACAAUGAGCUCUUUCUCGAAGAUCAGGCCAGUUUUGGGAAGCAGUGGUGGAAAUCGAAUUUCUUUUUAUCGCAACCCAUACUGUUUGGGACGUGGGAUGGAGUCUAUACCUCUUGUGUUAUCCAUUUGUUUGGUGUCAUCACGUUCUUGAGGGCCGGAUGGCUUGUGGGAAACGCUGGCAUAGGAUUUGCGAUUCUGAUAAUCUUGAGUAGUGUUGUCAUCUGUUGUGUGGCUGUUUUGGCGGCGAUUGGCAUUUGUGAGAGAAGUAACCGUGGUAAUGUUCACGCACUCAUCAGUACAGUAUUGGGCUCCAGAAUAGGGGCAGCCGUUUGCAUAAUAUACAGCUUCGGUCAAGCUGUUUCCUGUGCUCUGCAUGUCAUGGGUUUUGCCGAAACAUUGUCUCAACUCUUGAAUGCUAACGAUAUUUGGGUGGAGAGAGGUAUUGGUGUGGGUCUUGUGGUGCUAUUGUUGUCCAUAAACGUAUUGGGAGUCAAAUGGGUUAUACGUUUGCAAUUCAUUCUCCUAUUCUUCUUAUUUCUGUCGGCCAUUGAUUUUGUGGUCGGAGUCUUCAUACGAUACGAUCCCAAUAACGGUGUCAUUGGUUAUAGUAUUAAGAAUAUUGAGAAUAAUUGGGAACCAAAUGAAAAUGAACCGAAAGUCAGUUUAUUCAAUGCAUUUGGAGUGUUCUUCCCGGCGGUGACCGGAGUUAUGGCCGGAAUUAAUAUGAGUGGAGAUCUGCAUAAACCGGGAAAAAGUAUACCCAUUGGCACUUUCAGUGCCAUCGGAACCAGUCUUUUCUUGUAUCUAUCAUUUGCAUUGGGAUUGGGAGCCACAUGUCUGCGCUCGGCUCUACUCACUGACUACAUGAUCGCACAAAAGGCCUCAUCGGUCGGAGUAUUUCUAUUACUCGGUCUCUACAUAUCGGCCCUCUCUUACAGUUUGGGCUCUUUAUACGCGACGCCAAGGAUUAUACAAAACAUUGCGAACGAGAAUAUAAUACCUGUCAUGAGAUUCCUUGCUGUGGGUCGCGGACCCAAUAAAGUUCCCGUCAAUGCGUUAAUACUGUUCUCAAUCGUAAUAUUCAUAUUCAUAAUGAUCGUGGGUAGGUUUAGGGUAUUAAAGUAUUGCGAUAGUCCUGGUAAAACACAUUUGUUCCCAACCGUAGAGUACGCCUACUUCUCACUGGCCAUGACUUUCGACAUUCAAAUCAACAGAGAGUCCAGAUUUAUGGCUUCGGCGGAAGUGACGAGUCCUACGUUCGACACCUCCUUCAAGAACAAGAGCUCAAAGCACUCGGACUACGGAUCUGUUAAGAGCAAUGACUUGGACCGUCUGUUCCCCGAAAGAGUGCAAACAAAACACAUUAAAGUGAAGCGUCAGGUGAGUAGUCAGAGCAGUAGCCGCUCCUCAUCUCAGGACCGGUCAGUCCAACCCCCGAAAGGUCCGGCGGACACAACGCACGACAACAGCGGCUCCAGUAGUGCCGACGAGUCAUUCGACAGCACCGAUAGCUCUGUGGGACAGGAGCCCAGAGGAGAUCCCAAUGAAAUCAAAAGCAAACAAAACGUGUGGUAUUCAUGUCUAAUAAACCGAUGGAUAAUCAUAAUGGGGGCCAUCAUUAAAGUGGUUAUCAUGUUUCUGGUUCAGUGGGGGUACGCCUUGUCUGCAUUCAUAACAUUGACAUUCCUCUGGUACUACAUGGGAGCCGUCAAUCCGGGACUAUUUCCCGGCAUUUCUGAAUUCAGGGCCUACCCAUGGAUUAAGUCACGUGUUCUCAUAUGCUUCGGCAAAAAAGUGGCCGAAUAUGAUCAGAUGGUUGUGCCCACCGGUGCACCCAAUAUGCACUUCCAAUCGGAUCAGUUGACUAAACAUAACACCGACUUUUCGGCCCGAGAGCCAUACCAUCAAUCAUCCACUUCUCAAUACAAGACAUCAAAUAUAUUGACAAACAAUUAA